AUGCCUUCAGCGUACAAGAGCAAGGGUAAAGGCCGUGACGCGCGCCAGUCCCGCAGUCGCAAUACCACUCCGUCGAAUACUGGCAGCGCUCCCACAGCCGUAUUGCCUGCUUCUCUCCCCAGUUAUCUCGAGAAAGAUGUCGCGAAGCUUAUCGAACAGGCUAAUGGCCAAUAUGCGGAACUGCUGGACCUGGUGGCCGGGCCUAACAUCCCCGAUUCCAAGACUCUCGAAACCCUAGUGGAACACCUUAAGAGUCUGAGUGACAUGGCAGAUAACCGUGGGGACGCUUGUAAUGCAGGCAUGCGUGAGAUGUCACAGAAGAGGAAGGAGGUAUUGGAGAAUCAGGAUCUCAGUCGUGAGGUCUCUGUUCGCUCGAAGCUGAAGCGGGAGUCAGAUGAAGAAGAAGAUCCAAUUCACAGAGGGAAAACCAAGAAGCGCAAGGAACGGAGUUCUAAGGAAGAAAGAUCUUCGAAUAAUGGGACCCAUGACAGCAGCCGUCAAGACGGUGCUGAAGCUAAAGUUGAAAGAGCGGCUUCUCCGCUUUCUAAGAAUUUGAAGAAGGUGGCAUCGGAGGGAAGCUCUUCUCUUUCACCUCCUUCAAUGAUGUCGCCCAAUGGCGCCGCUGUGGACACUGAUGGUGCUGCCGAGGUUAAAUCUCCAGGUUCAGACUCGAGUGAAUCCUCUCCACAGCCGGAACCCCAACCUGCCGUACCCCAGGUCCAAAUAUUCGGCGAUAACCCCCUCAAAUUCGACGAUCCGACCAUCUACCACAUUCGUGACAUUGUCCCCGGUAUGACCGAUGACGAGAAGAAGGAAAUCUACAGUGUUACCGUCUUCCCUAAGAGCGAUCUCGCCCAUAUGAUGGCUGGCAAGCCUCCUGAUCAAGACUACGUCCAUGCUAAGCCGACCAACCAGGUCAGCGCCAACACUUUCCAGGCCUACAUUGAGCCAUUCAUCCGGCCUCUUAUGGAGGAGGAUAUCGCUUGGUUGAAAGAACGAGGAGAUCGCGUGACUCCGUUUAUUAACCCACGCCGUGGAAAAAAACACUAUCGCCAAAUAUGGGCAGAGGAGGACGGCAUGCAUUAUGACCAGACGCAAGACGAAAAGGAUCAACUGCCGCUGAACCAGGGCCGAGGCAGCAUUGAACAGCUGACCGACGACAAGACCGAAAACAACGAAGUCUCGAUUGGACCUCUACUUAGCCGCCUCUGUACUCUUCUCCGCUACGAGCACCGUACUCUCCCCGAUGAGAAUGCGGGCUCUUCAAACGAUGAUGCACCAAACGGCUCACUGGAUGCAAUGGACAUAGACCCACCACCGGCCAGCGACGCGGACACAAAGCCGGAGGGCAAACCCCUCCCACCCGCAACAGCCUUCCGCGAUGCCUCCCCCACCGGAUUCAAGACCUCUGUUGCUAAACUUGACCAUGCGCAAUUGGACGAGCGCGCCAAGGCCGAGCUGCGAUACAUCGGAUUCCUGGGAGCCGACGAUAACCCUGACUACGAUGCGCAUUACGACGACGAAGUCGCUGAGCGCCUUCGACUUCUCCAAGGUGAACUGAAGAAGCAAGUCGUGACCAACAACGCGCGCAAGGCCCGCAUCCUCCACACCGCGCAGGAACACAUGGCCAUGCAAGAAUUCACAACCAUCCAAGACGACCUUGACUCUCAAGUCCAGCAGGCCUAUCUCAAGCGCACGCGCACCAUGGGCAAGAGCAAAAAGGGUGCUCAGGCCAAAAACCGCCCCGGUGCCCCCAACGGUGUCGCCAGCGCUGGCGUCUCUCGUCCAGCUGUUGGAGACGCGGCUAAGAUCGUCAUGGAUCGUCGCAAGCGUUGGAACGAUGCUUUCCUCCCUAUCUUUGAAGAUAUUAAAACUAGUAUUCCCAAGCCGGGCGAGACUAUCUUUGACCCUGAUGGGAUGAUUGAGUACGAGAAAGCCGAACUGGAAGCCUGGGACGAAGAGUGA